CGAAGUGCCAGGUGUGGUUCGACAUGUUCAUCCCGUUCCGCAACAUCUCGAACAAGCAGAGUGUAGCAGCGACGGGGCUUUGCGUCGUCCUCGCGUACUUGUCACACUACCUUGAUGGUUUGAUCGAGCAAGACGCGGCCGUGGCGUCCAAGAAGAAAGGAACUGUGGCGUGGAGCUCGUUUGAAAAGUAAAGAUGUCCCAUUAUCCGAUAUGUAGACUCAAUCUGGGCACGGGCUACGUGUGCACUUGGUUGAGUUGUUGCAAGAACUCGUUCGGGGUCAGGAGUUCCGUGCACCCAUACAAGAUUUGCCGCGGGUGCGUCGACGGCUGGGCCUACCAUUCGAACCGUUAUCGUGAUCAAUCCACCGUUGUCUCUUGCGCA